ACAUUCGCCGGUUUCUGUACAGCCAUGGUAAAACUGAAGAUUCUGUUGGCUGUUAUCUUGUCUCUGGGAGCAGCCUCAGCAGCCUCCCUUGGUGUGGUACAAACCGAAGGUGGCAGUGUUCGGGGACAAAAUAUCCCUCUCGGUCUUUUUCGCUCUGUGGAUGUUUUCAAAGGAAUUCCCUUUGCUGCCAAGCCUGGAACAUUUGAGAAACCCAAGCCUCACCCUGGCUGGGAUGGCAUACUAAAGGCAACAAAGUUUGCUAAGAGAUGUCUCCAGAUCAGCCUGCUCCAGACUUCAAGUUUUGGUAGUGAGGACUGCCUCUACCUUAACAUAUGGGUUCCUCAUGGCCGAAAUGUGUCAUCAGAUCUGCCGGUCAUGAUUUGGUUGUAUGGAGGAGGCUUCAUGGUCGGCGGUUCAAUGGGACCGAAUUUUCUCAAUAACUAUCUGUACAGUGGUCAGGAAAUUGCAGACAAAGGCAAUGUUAUUGUGGUGUCUGUGGGAUACCGUGUGGGAGUACUGGGCUUCCUCAGUACAGGAGACUCUCGUUUACCUGGAAACUAUGGUCUGUGGGACCAGCAUGCUGCCAUCGCCUGGGUGCACAGGAACAUCCGUUCAUUUGGAGGAGACCCUAACAACAUUACCAUCUUCGGAGAGUCUGCAGGUGGAGCUAGUGUCAGCUUCCAGAUUCUCUCCCCACAUAACAAAGGACUGUUCAAGAGAGCAAUUUCCCAGAGUGGUGUUGCCCUCUGCCCCUGGUCUAUGAACAGGAAUCCAAGGAAAGUUGCAGAUGAGGUUGCUGUGAAGGUCGGCUGCCCCACUGAUGACAGGAUGGUGGCCUGUCUGAAAUCAGUUGAUGCUGGGACUCUCACCAUGGCUGCCCCCCGCAUCACGCAAGGCUCUCCAGAUUAUCCGGCAGUGAAAAACCUGCUGCUGUCUCCUGUUGUUGAUGGAGACUUUGUCCCAGAUCAGCCUAGCAACUUGUUCCACAACGCUGCUGAAAUUGACUACCUUGCUGGGGUUAAUGACAUGGAUGGACACCUCUUCACUUCAAAAGACAUUCCUUCCCUUGGUAACAAGAAUGAAGAGACUCCUGUAGAAGAUGUCAAGAGGCUCCUUGCUGCUUAUAUCAAAGAAAAGGGGCAAGCUGGUUUGGAGGUUGCCUUCGCUGAAUAUUCAUCCAACUGGGGAUCAGCACCCAAUCAGAAAACCAUUAAGAGAACUGCAAUUGACAUCGGGACUGAUUACAUCUUUCUAGUUCCUGUGCAGACUGCCAUCUACCUGCAUGCUGCUAAUGCCAGGUCUGGCCGUACAUACUCUUACUUGAUGUCUGAGCCCAGUUUAUUUGCUGGACCAGGAAAACCUUACCAUGACUGGGUGGGAGCCGACCACGCUGAUGACCUGCAGUACGUCUUUGGCAAACCCUUCACCACACCGAAGGCUUAUGGAGACAGACACAGAGACCUGUCCGGCUAUAUGAUUGCCUACUGGACUAACUUUGCUAGAACUGGAGACCCCAACAAAGGAGACCUGAAAGUGCCUGUGACUUGGCCUGCGUUUACCAGCACUGGACAAUGGUUUCUGGACAUCAAUGGCAAGAUGAAUGAAAGCUCCAUUGGGCAGGGGAUGAGGCUACGUUAUGUUCGCCUUUGGACCACCAUCCUUCCUAGUCUCCAAUCACAUGGUGUCACAGAUGCUCAGUGAUGCAGAAAAAAGAUGACAAUCAUAUAAAUAAAUCAUUGUCUGCGAUGAACUGUAUGAGUAAAAGAAACCUUUCAGGGACUUUUUAUGUGGUUCAACAGCUUCAGUUCAUUAAGGCUGGUGGAAUACAUGAUGUUUAAAAACAGCAUAAAUACACAUUUGCAACUCAUUUAGAUCAAGUAACAGAUCUUUUGUGGUUGUACUUGAUUACGACAACCUUUUGUUAUUCCAAACCUUCUCUGUCAUCGUUCAUGUUAAACUCCAAGCUGAUCUCAGAGCACAAUUGAGCGCUGCUGUUGCACAUUAUGAAUGAAGAUUAGCAUCAUAUUUGGUCAACACAUGUUUUCUGUUAUAAAACAGAUGUUAAAAAAAUAUAACCCCAAAGCACUAGGAUGCCAAUUUGCAUCACAAACACUGCAAUUUUCACAUAUUACUAGAGGUCCCCAGGUAAUAUAUGGCUGGCUCAUAUGACUACAGCUAGAAAAGAUUAUUG